AUGCCACCCGGUGAUCGGUGGCAGACAGCUCAUUCUAGUAUGUUUAAUGGCGGCUUUGGUGGAAAAAGAGAUACCUCAUCUGACUCUAAAAGAGUUGGAAAUAAGCAACAAGAAACCGCGACAUCGUCUGAUAACUUCGCAGGCGCACCUCAUCCUUCGAUGGACACCAUGGGCGACGCAGAUGACUACUAUCUCGCUGACUAUGCAAAAACUUUCAGCUUCCAGUCAUCUCAUCCCCCAAGCCAUCACAAUUACUUGCCUCGUAGUAGCCGUAGAUUCGACCCCACUAAUUAUCAGACACAUAUCCAAGCAAGUCAAGACUUAGCUGCAAGUACAGGUGCAACUUUUCUUGUUAAGAAAUUGAGCACUACUCUCACCGUCACAAAUAGAACUACCAAUGUAUAUCAUAAAUCAUCAACUCAAACCGACCCUUAA